UCGGAGCGGCGGUGAUCAGAGCGUCCCGCGCCCGGCACGCCGGCCCGGCCCGGCCCGGCCCGGAGCGAGCAUGGGCGCGGCGGCCGUGCGCUGGCAUUUGUGCGUGCUGCUCGCCCUGGGCGCGCGCGGGCGGCUGGCUGGGGGGAGCGGGCUCCCAGGAGCAGUUGACGUGGACGAGUGCUCAGAGGGCACAGACGACUGCCACAUCGAUGCCAUCUGCCAGAACACGCCCAAGUCCUACAAAUGCCUCUGCAAGCCAGGCUACAAGGGGGAAGGCAGGCAGUGUGAAGACAUCGAUGAGUGUGAAAAUGACUCCUACAACGGAGGCUGCGUCCACGAAUGCAUCAACAUCCCCGGGAACUACCGGUGCACCUGCUUCGACGGCUUCAUGCUGGCGCACGACGGGCACAACUGUCUGGAUGUGGACGAGUGUCAGGACAACAAUGGCGGCUGCCAGCAGAUCUGUGUCAACGCCAUGGGCAGCUACGAGUGCCAGUGCCACAGUGGCUUUUUCCUCAGCGACAACCAGCACACGUGCAUCCACCGCUCCAAUGAGGGCAUGAACUGCAUGAACAAAGACCACGGCUGUGCCCACAUCUGCCGGGAGACGCCCAAAGGUGGGGUGGCCUGCGACUGCAGGCCCGGCUUUGACCUUGCCCAGAACCAGAAGGACUGCGCACUAACCUGUAACUAUGGAAACGGGGGCUGCCAGCACAGCUGCGAGGACACAGACACGGGCCCCAUGUGCGGGUGCCACCAGAAGUACGCCCUCCACUCGGACGGCCGGACGUGCAUCGAGAAGGAUGAGGCUGCAAUUGAGCGCCCUCAGUUCAAUGCCACGUCAGUAGCUGAUGUGGACACGCGGGUGAAACGGCGUCUCCUCAUGGAGACAUGCGCAGUAAAUAACGGAGGCUGUGACCGGACGUGCAAGGACACGGCCACUGGCGUGCGAUGCAGCUGCCCCAUCGGAUUCACGCUGCAGCCAGAUGGGAAGACGUGCAAAGACAUCAACGAGUGCCAGGUGAACACCGGAGGCUGCGACCACUUCUGCCGGAACACCGUGGGCAGCUUCGAGUGCAGCUGCCGCAAGGGCUACAAGCUGCUGACGGAUGAGCGCACGUGUCAAGACAUCGAUGAGUGCUCCUUCGAGCGGACCUGCGACCACGUCUGCAUCAACUCCCCCGGGAGCUUCCAGUGCCUGUGUCACCGCGGCUACACGCUCUACGGGACGACCCACUGCGGAGACGUGGACGAAUGCAGCAUAAGCAAUGGGCACUGUGACCAGGGCUGCGUCAACACCAAGGGCAGCUACGAGUGCGUGUGCCCGCCGGGCAGGCGGCUGCACUGGAACCGGAAGGACUGCGUGGAGACCGGCGAGUGCCUUUCUCGGGCCCAGGGCUCCCCACAGGCCCAGCUGUCCUGCAGCAAGGCAGGCGGUGUGGAGAGCUGCUUCCUGUCCUGCCUGGCCCACACCCUCUUUGUGCCAGACUCGGAAAACAGCUACAUCCUGAGCUGCGGAGUUCCAGGUCUCCAGGGCAGGACACAACCCAAGCACAAUGGCACCAGUGCCGGCUCCGGGCCCGGUUGCUCAGAUUCUCCCACUGCCCCCAUCAAGCAGAAGGCCCGCUUCAAGACCAGGGAUGCCAAGUGCCACCUCCGGCCCCGCAGUCGGGAGCGAGCAAAGGGGACCCAGAGGCUGCCACUGCUGGACAACUGCCACGUGGCUUCCAUGACCCUCAAGUGUGAUUCCUCCAAGAAGCGGCGCCGAGGCCGCAAGUCCCCGUCCAAGGAGGUGUCGCACAUCACCGCGGAGUUCGAGCUGGAGCUGAAGAUGGAGGAGGCUUCAGAGGCCUGCGACGAGACCUGCAUCCGGAAGCAGGCGGAGCAGAGCUUGCAGGCGGCCAUCAAGACCCUGCGGAAGGCCAUCAGCCGGCAGCAGUUCUAUGUCCAGAUCUCAGGCAUGGAGUACGAGGUGGCCCAGCGGCCAGCCAAGGCUCCAGAGGGACCAGGGACCUGUGGCACGGGCCAGGUGCUCCAGGACGGCAAAUGCGUGGCCUGCGGACCUGGCACCUACUUCAGUGGAGAGCAGGGCCAGUGCGUGCCAUGCGUGUCGGGGACCUACCAGGAUCUGGAGGGCCAGCUCAGCUGCACCCCAUGCCCCAGCAGCGAUGGGGUGGGGCUGGCCGGUGCCCACAAUGUGUCACAGUGUGGAGGCCAGUGUUCCCCAGGCUCCUUCUCAGCAGACGGCUUCAGGCCAUGCCAGGCCUGUGCCCUGGGCACGUACCAGCCUGAGCCUGGGCGCACCAGCUGUUUCCCCUGUGGCGGGGGGCUGCUCACCAAGCACGAAGGCGCCACCUCCUUCCAGGACUGCGAGGCCAAAGUGCACUGCUCCCCUGGCCACCACUACAACACUACCACACACCGCUGCAUUCGCUGCCCUGUGGGCAGCUACCAGCCCGAGUUCGGGCAGAACCACUGUAUCACCUGCCCGGGCAACACCAGCACUGACUUCGAUGGCUCCACCAGUGUCACCCACUGCAAAAACCAGCACUGCGGUGGUGAGCUUGGUGACUACACGGGCUACAUCGAGUCCCCCAACUACCCCGGCGACUACCCAGCCAACGCGGAGUGUGUGUGGCACAUUGCGCCACCCCCCAAGCGCAGGAUACUCAUUGUGGUCCCUGAGAUCUUCCUGCCUAUCGAGGACGAGUGCGGUGAUGUCCUGGUCAUGAGGAAGAGCGCCUCCCCCACCUCCAUCACCACCUACGAGACCUGCCAGACCUACGAGAGGCCCAUCGCCUUCACCUCCCGCUCCCGGAAGCUCUGGAUCCAGUUCAAAUCCAACGAGGGCAACAGUGGAAAAGGCUUCCAGGUUCCCUACGUCACCUAUGACGAGGACUACCAGCAACUGAUCGAAGACAUCGUGCGGGACGGGCGCCUGUACGCCUCGGAGAAUCACCAGGAGAUCCUGAAAGACAAGAAGCUGAUCAAGGCGCUGUUCGAUGUGCUGGCGCACCCCCAGAACUACUUCAAGUACACUGCCCAGGAGUCCAAGGAGAUGUUCCCGCGCUCCUUCAUCAAACUGCUGCGCUCCAAAGUGUCCCGGUUCCUGCGGCCCUACAAGUAACGCUCAGUGCUGUCCUGCGGGGACGGCGACCGGGAGGGAAGACUCCUUUCCCUCCGAGGAGGAGCGGAAGGCGGCCCCCUAGGCUCUGUGUCACCUCGGGAGAGCCACGAUGUGUGUGGGAGAGCCAUGGAGGACUGGGACGGAACCCAGGCCUCCCCAGAUGACCUGCCGUCCCAAGGGGGGGCACUCCCUCCUUUCACCUCUUCAUUUCCAAGACACCCAGAACGGGGCCUCCUGAGCCGCUCUGGCGGGAUGCUGACUGGUCGUGACAUGCCACGCCCACCUCACGGUGGCCAGCGAGCGCGCACCCUACAGGCGACAUCUCAGGAGAGAAGGACUCAGCCGAUGCUCUCCCCGGGACACCGGAGGCAGGACGCUGGUGCUCCCCACACCGGAAGGAAGGCCAGGGAAGGAGGGGCUUGGGAGCCUGCGGCGAUGCCCACGGGGCUGCCGCGUCCUGCAGGCUCCUCUGGUCACAGGCACAGCAUGUGGUGCCCAGUUGCUGGGCUCUAAGGACACCCUGAUGGAUGGAGCAGAGCUGCGAGGGGAGACACAGGUUUUGCUUUCCCUUGCUAGGACAUCUAAUUACUAUAUAUAUAUGGAUAUAAAUACAAGAUUUUAUAUAUAUAUUAUAUACUUCUAUUUGUGGGUACGUUAGGAA